GGCGUAGCAUUAUUGACAGAAUUGUGGGAUUUUGGAGGAGUGUCUUGUUAACGAGUAGGAUUUUAGCUCUUUGUUUUAUCUUCUUUUGUAAUAUUUAGUAUUGUUAGAAAAAUGCCAGAAUUAGCGGUAGAAAGGGUGGUGGUACAUCCAUUAGUCUUGCUAAGUGUGGUCGAUCAUUUUAAUCGAAUAGGAAAAAUAGGCAAUCAAAAACGUGUUGUAGGGGUCUUGUUGGGUUCAUGGCAGAAGAAAAUUCUUGAUGUCUCCAACAGCUUUGCAGUCCCCUUUGAUGAAGAUGACAAGGAUGAUUCUGUGUGGUUUCUGGACCAUGAUUACUUGGAGAACAUGUAUGGCAUGUUUAAAAAGGUUAACGCAAGAGAAAGAAUAGUCGGAUGGUAUCACACAGGUCCUAAACUCCACAAGAAUGACAUUGCCAUUAAUGAACUGAUGAAACGAUAUUGUUCUAAUUCCGUUUUAGUUAUCAUUGAUGUGAAGCCAAAGGAUUUGGGCCUGCCUACAGAAGCCUAUAUAUCAGUAGAAGAAGUGCAUGAUGAUGGGACUCCUACAUCAAAGACCUUUGAACACGUGACGAGUGAAAUUGGUGCAGAGGAAGCAGAGGAAGUAGGUGUAGAGCACUUGUUAAGAGACAUCAAGGACACUACUGUCGGUACCCUCUCCCAGCGCAUCACAAAUCAAGUGCACGGCUUGAAAGGGCUAAACUCAAAACUACUUGACAUCAAAAGCUAUUUGGAAAAGGUGGCAACGGGCAAAUUACCCAUCAAUCACCAGAUCAUCUAUCAGUUGCAGGAUGUCUUCAACCUGCUGCCAGAUGUUAACUUGCAAGAAUUCAUCAAAGCUUUCUAUCUGAAGACCAACGACCAGAUGCUGGUUGUAUACCUGGCCUCCCUUAUCCGAUCUGUGGUAGCACUGCACAACCUCAUCAACAACAAGAUCGCCAACCGUGAUGCUGAGAAAAAAGAAGGCCAGGAGAAGGACGAGGGUAAAAAAGACAAGAGGGAGGAAAAGGACAAAGAAAAAGACAAGGACAAAGAGAAAGGAGAUGCUUCAUCAAAGAAAGAUGAUAAAAAAGAAAAGAAAUGAAUUUGGACAUGAACGUAUCAUUCUAAAUAAAAAGGAGAAAAAUCUCUUGCUGAAA